UCGUUGCGACGUCGCGUGCAUUCUGGUCGUACGGCUCCCUUUCUUGUGAUACUCGUAACCUUCCUUGUUAUUACCUACGCACUUUCGCGAGGGUUUGUUGUGAUGCGUAAAUAAUUCGUUUGUUUGAUGAGAACCGGACAUGCGGACGUCGAUUGGUGGCACGGAAAUGAAACUGAAAUUUUUCGUUCGAGUCCAGUGUGGCGAACUUCUGCGGUGGCAAGCUACAACGAAUCGUCGCAGACUCUAUAAUUUGGCCUGAUAAAUUUACAAGAAAAGACUCUAUUUUUCUCAUUAUCAUCGGCUAUAUUCUCCGUUAUCAUCAGCUUUAAUCACAAAACUGAUACAAUGCAGGAAUCUAUCGCAGAUUCAUGUGAACGUGAGUUCUCAAGUCCUCCUGACGCCAGUUUGUAUGUCAAGGACCGCGACGAAGCUGAGCAGCAGCACGUCGGACUCGAUCAUCGUGCUGACGAUACCGACUAUGAUGACUUGCAUGGUGCAGAUGAUCAGAAGAUUGCGGAUCGCGACGAUGGCCAGGAUGAAGGAGCUGACGCCGGUGAGGUGACGAGGGGCAUUGAACUGCAGGACGAUAAUGACGACCCUUCACUAUCACGAAAAAACAACGGAGUUUCCUGCCUAGAGUUUUCUGAUGUAGCAUCACAAGCCAGGAGUCGUCUCGACGAAUGUCACUCUGCUCUGCCCAACAAAGAGAAUGACACUCAAUUUAACUUCGAUGGAAGAGCAUCUCCGGCGGCUGCUGAACAGUCGCUCUGGAAGCAUCAAGGUGUGGCUGUGGGCCAGAAGCCAAACUUGGAUCAGCUUCGCUGUCUCAUAGCAGAUUUGAGCAAACGCAUCCCUGACAACGAAGGAAUGCACACGCAAAUGUCUGGACUGAAAUCUGAAUCUGGUUUAUCUCAGUCUGAUGACGGAAGUAAUUCAAAAUCUUUGGAACAAAUGACGUCGUUACAACGAGCUUAUUAUGCGUUGCAGCAUCAUCAGAUGUUGCAAGUGCAACUGAUUAAAAAAAUUCAAGUACAGCUGUCUCUUGCACACGAUGAUAAAAGAGAUGUCAAUGACGCUGACCCUCGUUCUUCACAAAUAACAGUCAACCAUAUUUCACGGCCUCUUCCUGAAAGCGCGAAAAAGUCUCCAGAGGAUGUACUCAAAGGCCUGCUGCAGAAAUUUAAACCUGAAACGGAUUUUGAGCCGUCAGAGAAAUCAGAUCUUUCAUCCAAUAAAAUUGAUCCGCGUGAUCGCCCUCUUUCCCCCACACCCAAAUCCCAGUCGUCCUGCUAUGGGGUAAACGGAGUCCCUUUGGGGGCUGAACCUCCAGCCAGCAGCGAGACAAGCUCUCUCGAGAAACUUCAGCAAACAGCAAACCACGUCCUGACGAAAGCCUCCCAAGGAAUCUUCACCCACCAUCUCAUACAAGAUGCAAAUAAUACGGAAGGACGGGACAGUAACCACAAACAUAAGUGUCGGUAUUGCGGAAAAGUUUUCGGCAGCGAUUCAGGUCUGCAAAUACACUUGAGAUCUCACACUGGAGAACGACCGUUCAAGUGCAACAUCUGUGGUAAUCGUUUCACAACACGGGGCAAUUUAAAGGUUCAUUUCCAGCGACACCAGAGUAGGUUUCCCCACAUAAAAAUGAAUCAUAAUCCUGUUCCAGAACACUUAGACAAAUUGUGUCCCCCUCUUUUGGCGCAGUUAGGAGAGUUGGAAGACAGUCCACCUGCACCUACCGGACCUCCAAACCCAUUUUCUCUCGCAUCUCCGGCAUCCCAACCUACACCUCCGCCUCAGUUCAAUUUGUCACCCACCGCACCUCUUUCACUUCAGCAACCAUUAGCAGCGUCUUUGUUGUACCGCCGGAUGAUCGAAGGAAAUGAACCUCUUAGUCAAAGAUUCUCACAAAUUUUUCGCAGAAGCGAUGAAGCCUCUCCAUGCCUUUCUUCAUUCGAAGAAACUUCUGCCCGUUUGACUUGCUCUGUAUCAGAUGAAAUGCGGAACGAAAGGCGUUCGAAAGAAAUAGCAUACGAUUCAGACAGUGAUGGUCAGAAGAGCGUGCUUAACAAGUCAGGAGAUGAUGAAAACUUUGAACUAAAUAAUUGCGAAAAAGAUUCCGUCGAUGCAAGAGAUUCGAUUGAAAAUGACUUGAACGGAACUUACGAUGGUGACUUCAGUAACGAUGGUUCUAGCAGCCCAGGCAGUCAUGCUAGUGACACACAAAUUAACAAAGAAUUAAUUAAUUACUUGCACCGUCAACGAGAAUUGCAUAUGGUUGCAUUUCCUGGCAUGAAUAUCCCUCAUAAUAUGAAUUUAUUCACGGCCCAUGGCAGAAAUUCGAACGAAAAUCAGGAAGGGGCCUCCAUAGAUGGCGGUCUUGAUUUGACCAAAGACCCAAAUAUCUACACCAACUUCUUACCUCGGCCAGGCUGCAACGACAACUCCUGGGAGGCGUUGAUUGAAGUUCAGAAAGCCAGUGAGACCAUGAAACUGGAACAAUUGGUAAAUAAUAUAGAGAAUAAACUUACUGAUCCAAAUCAGUGCAUUAUUUGUCAUCGAGUUCUGUCAUGUAAAUCUGCCCUACAAAUGCAUUAUCGGAUACACACGGGUGAACGUCCAUACAAAUGCAAAAUUUGUUCUCGCACUUUCACCACCAAAGGGAAUCUGAAGACACAUAUGAGUGUACAUAGAGCCCGACCGCCGGUCCGUAUGUUACAUCAAUGUCCGGUGUGCCACAAACGGUACAAUAGUGCGAUGGUUCUUCAGCAACAUAUACGGCAACACACAGGAGAACCAACUGAUAUUUCCAAUGAACAAAUAGCCGCAGCCGAAGUUCAUGAUAAUAUUGCAAGUGCCAUGCACCCAGUUUUCUUUUCUGCUUUGCCUAACUAUGCCCACCUUCCUCAUCUUCUUCCUCUAGUUCAGCAGCUGCGACCAAAUUUUCCUGUUGAUCAUAAUCAACGCGAUACUGGAGAAGACGAUGAACAUAAUAGGAGUUCGUUCCUCCGUCGAAAUAAUUUAGAUAAUGUAGAGGAUCAGCCUCAUAAGUAUACAUGUGACAUGGAAGAAACCGAUGAACCUGUUUCUCCAUCUAGGUUGCAUUCACCAAAACCUUUAGAUUUUUCAAGUAGAGCUCACGCCAGGGAUAAGUCAGAGGACACCAGCGUCUCACCCCCCGUGAAGUCACCAUCGAAUAACGGCCAGUUUUCUCCUCGUUGCAAAUCUCCUCAGAUUCAUUCCAAGCAAGAAGGGCAAAAAAUUUCCAUGGACAUGCCUAUCCGGCCUCCUCAUCCGUCUUCUCUAUUCCCUCCUUUCGCUCUGUUCCCUCCACCUCUCAUGCCAAAUCAUCUCAACGCCGCGCUACAGUUUGAUAAAUCAAGAUUUUUUUCAAGUAUGAUGAACAUUCCAGUUCAGGGUAACACGACGUGCAAAAUUUGCUUCAAGACGCUGUCGUGCGCAUCGGCUCUGGAAAUCCACUACCGGUCGCACUCCAAAGACCGGCCGUUCGUGUGCACCGUGUGCGACCGGCGCUUCACCACACGGGGAAACAUGAGGCAGCACAUGGUCACUCACAAAGGCCACGAGGACGACAUUCCAAGCUCGUCUGCAGCGAAGAGCCACAAGUCCCGAAACAGCCGCAGUGGCCACGCAACAACCAAAACCUCAGUUGCGUUGCCACCAUCUAGUCCUCUCGCAUCAAAUUACCUGCAACUGAAGACUCCAACGACUUCUAGUCCAUCUUGCUCAGCGGGUGCAGUGCGAGGCAUGCCACUGGGUGCCUCUGUCUUCAGCUACCCUCGCUUCCCUCUGGCUGCCUUGCCAGGCUCCAUAGCUGCGCUCCUAGGGAACGCCAGUGGCAUCGGCGAGCGCGUGCUGCGAGGGCUGACGGAGAAGCAGGAUAUUUUAAAUCUCAAGAGAGAGAGGGAGGGGGAAAAUCCUUUGCCGUUAUCUAAAAGAAUGACAGGAGUGGAGUCUGGGGAAACAAGUCCCCCAGCAUCUCCACAUCAUAACCCCAGUCCACCCCUGAACUCCCCUGCUGACCGCAAUGGGCAUUGCAGUGAAAAUGGUGACUCCCCACGAUUAAUGUCCCCACCGCUGGCAGCAACAUGCCUUCCCCACUCGGGCACAUCCUCCCACUCCAUUAGUCAGCUAUUAUCUCAGCCCCAUAAUUCCCCUUCUGCUUCCCCGACCGGCCAACCUCUUCUCGUGACGACAUAAUGACAGAUGAUGUCUAAACCAAAAUGAAUUCCUUCAAGUAUGAAAAAAAUUGCAGAUUUUUUGCUGACAUUUUGCAAAAUUACUGAAGCUAAACCAAAGGAGUUGCUUCAUACGUCUUCUAUUUACAUAACAGAUUUUUUUUCAAUUGCGUAGCUGAUCCCAUUGAUCUGCUACAUGAAGUGGCAAUUGUAGCAUUAAGUUUGAUAGUAGUGAAAAUAAUGAAAUUAUUUUUCAAUGAAAAUAUUUUCCUGUGCGGUAACUAUAACACAGUAAUCAUUUUCUAAUUGUUAUACAAUAGUUUUAUGUUAAUUAAAUGGCUGUAAAUUUGUCUAUUAUGUUACCAAGUUAUUUUAAUUGUUGUCAAGGAUCAAAGUUUCCUUGGCGGAUUUUAAAAAAUGGAAAUAAUAAAAAGUAAUUAGUAAAAAUUUUCGUUUGAAAAUUUGGAAUGCUUCUUCCUAAAAUAACUGGAAUCUCUAAAUAUCAUUUUCUCUAAGAUCUAAACAAAUUGUUAUGAUUUUCUUAAUCAAUAACAAAUUUAAUAUACAUGUUGCAAUUUCGUAAAGAAUACAACGAAUUUGAUUGUAUUGUGGUCAAAUCAGAAGCUGUAUUUUUCUUUACUUGUCGUAAACUUUAUAAGCAAAUUUCAUCUUUAUUUUCAAUCAAAUCGGUAACCGAAUUUUCUUGCAUUUUUGUUAGCUCGCAACGUAUUCAUCUUGCUUUUUCGUUAUAUUUGCAACAGUUUUUUUCACAUUUUGUUUUCUUGGUCGUCAACCGUAUUACUUUUGUGUUUUUUCAACCCGGCAACCGUAUUUCUCUUGUUUUUUUUUUCAUUUUGCAACAAUAGUGGUUUAGUUUCUUGCUAACUUGGCAGUCGUAAUUAUCUUGCAUUUUUGUAAACUUGGCGACCGUAUUUCUCUAGUUUUUUAGUAAACUCGGCAACCGUAUUUUUCUUGCUUUUUUUGUCAACCCGACCACUGCAUUUCACUUGUAUUUUGUUAAUUCAAUAACCGUAUUUCUCUAGAUUUUUAGUUAACUCUGCAACCGUAUUAUUUUUGCAUUUUUUUCAACUCGGCAGCUAAUUCAGAACCAUUUGUCUGCCUUCAUAUCGGGAAGGAUGUCGACGUCUUAUUCAAGUUUAAUUAUUUGACUUGCAGAUGUUAACACAUUGCCGCUUUAUUGAAACAAAUAAAUUUUCAUUCAUUCCGUCUCCAUAGUAUGAAAAAUUUCCGAUUUAAUUUUUUAUAUCUCCAAAGACCUUGGCACAACAGCGAUGAGAAGAGUUUCGAAUUUGUCUUCAAUUGUUUUUGUUGAUCCCUCUUUUAAUAAAUUGUGGUAUUAUCAGGAUAUUAUAUUUUUUAUGGAAUUAUCAUAAAAUAUUAUCAAAUUUUGUUGGUAUUACAGAAAAAAUUCUGCAACGCAGAAACAAGCGAAGCUAUAUAUAAGUCUCAAAUAUUUCGUUUCGACAUUGAAAUAAUCGCACGUGUUUAUACAAGCUAAUUCUACUAUCUGAUACUAACAUGAAAAAAAAAAAAUUUUAGGUUGUGUUUUUGGGCUUUGGAGAGUGUAAAUAUUUUGUACAAAUACGAUACUAAGAAUACUCAGAAAGAUCUUUUAUAGGCCUUUCAUUGAAUGUACAUUCUAUGUUAUAAUUUUUAUUCAGCUACUCAAGCGCUGAAUGAAGCUCUGUUCUUCAUCGCUCCAGAUGAGAGCGCCGUGUAUGAAUGAUAUCAAGUCUCAUAUCAGACACUAAAAUCUGUUGGUCGAUAUGCAUAUCAUUUUUUCAGAACUUUGAAUAAAUGGAGGUUCUGUU